CCUGAGGUAAAGGUCAUAUUCAAGUGAAAUUGUCUAAAUCGAAUUUUGAGUCAGUUACUACUUUCCCACAUACACGGGAGGUUAUCAGAACUUUUCGAACAACUGAAAAAUCGGAAGUCUUGAACUCAACUAGAAACUUUCGACGCAGUUGUAGUAAUUACUUUUGUUUAGGGAGAGCUAGAAACUUUCAAGCACCAACACCAUGAACACCAACACCAUCAACCCUCAGGACGACUGUAGUAACAUCUCCAACAAGGAUGUAGAGAUCGAUCGGGACCAGGAGCUCCAGACAUCAUCCGAAAUCCAGACACCGGAAACACCGCAGACAGGGCGGCGCAAAAGGAUGGACACGCCCAUUCGAGUACGUGACAUGAUCAACCUUUACAACUUUGCCACUCAAAAGAACCAGGAACUGGAGAUGGCCAAGUCCCUUUACUUUGGCGCCAUGUCAGAGGAAAACCAGAGGACGGAUCUUGAGGGCGGUAGUAGCCUUUGCAACAUGUCCAUGUCGGACGACAAGGAAAAAGAAAAUGAGAGUAUCCUCCGAGUGAACAAGGAGUCUGCAGUCUUCCAAUCGGCCAAUACUGAGCUUCCGUCUGAUCCGAAUACAGUAGAAAGGUCCUAUCAAAGCAAAACUACAAUUCGACACACUAAUAAAGGCGUGCGUAUAAUCAUCGACAUAUUUUUUGAUAAAAAAGAUAGCGAGAUAGACAUAGUGGGCAGCCGCGUGGAGACGGACAUCCCCGAGAGCCGCAUCCUGUCCGAUUUCCAGCAGCAUUCGCUGGACAUGAAGAACCAGGAGCUAAAGCCGGGGAUCCAGGAUGGAUCGAGUACCCCCAAGUCCGCGUAGGCUAGUCCCAGGUAUCCAGGAGAUAACUAACUAAAUUCCAGGUUACAAGGUCUACAAAAUGUUUAUAUGUAUAUGUGUUAUUUUCUUUAUUUUUGAAAACAGUACAAAACAAACCAAAAAAAAAGGAAGAAAACCAUCGAUUGACUCCCGACACUCUCGACUUUAGCUUCCUCUCAGUUCCAUCACGAAAAUGAAAAUGGCUAAAGUGGUAAAGGUGAAGGGGAAAGGAGGGGGAAUGGAUGGGUGAAACCCAACGCCCAUCGAAAAUGAAAUCCAGCAACUGAAUGGGGCAACACACGACUGCGAUGAAAACCUCAGUGCCCCAAACCGCCUUGUCUGUUUUUCUGUCUUUUCCGCGACAAAAGGGCUUUGAGGAGUAAAUAAACGAUUUGAAUCGAAAAACGAAGAUGAAAAUGGAAAAUGGAAAUCUUCGCUUACAAAACCCAGCCGCCAGAAAUCUGACAACGAUGCCGCCAAAAAAGCCAGCCGAAUCGAGCAAAUCUGAGAUGGGGAAAAUGAUUUCACAAUUUGGCGCCCAAUCUGGUGCAGAUCUCUUUUAGCCGUGCUCGAUUGCUCUAUUUAGCCCACUUCUUUUGUUGCCCCCUUACCCAUCUGCCAAAGUGGCUUUAAC